GUGUCUGGAGAGGAAAUGAUGUCACGGUUGGACGAGUUGGCGGGGGACAUUGACUUCCGCUGUCCUACACUCGGGUUCGCCGAUGCUGUGGCUCGUCUGCCCGAUGCUCAGGUCUUUCUAUAUGAAUUCCGACAAGCCACAGCUGCUUGGCCGUUUCCCAGGUGGACCGGAGUGAUGCACGGCUACGAGAUCGAGUAUGUUUUCGGUAUGCCCUUCUCCGAGAGAUUCCAGGCCCAGUUCUACCCAUUCACCGCGAUAGAACGUCAGCUGAGCCGAAAAAUGAUGCGAUUUUGGGCCAACUUUGCCCGAACUGGGUAA